CCCCCUUCUGCCAACAGGCCUCCAGUUUGUGCCUUGUGAAACACGACAACUAACUGGGCUAGCCACGUUUGCCCUCUUGCCUUCUUCUCAUAGCUGUCAACUUUCAGAUUUGAAAAUAAGGGAUUAGCAGCCUCACCUGUCCCGGGGACAGUCUACGGGAUAUCUAACAAUCCAGGUUAGCAGUGGUAAACGACGCUGGAAUAAGGGAAUUUCCCGCAAAAAAGGGAAGGUUGACAGCUAUGCCUCCUUCUGUGCUGCCAGCGAUGCAGAGGAGGGGCAAAAAAGCCACCAACUUAAUUAAUUCUGCCAGGCUCCACCCUCUGAUGUGGAUGGCAAGCGGGGUAACAGUGAAAAUCCACAGUUGAAUAAACAAGAUGUGUGGAAGGCCACGUGCCAACUGCAUGCAUCUGAAAACCAGCCCUGCAGGACCUGUUUGCAACAGAAAACCCCUUCUGGAAGUCCCCCUGAGCACUGGGGAACAGUGCUGGGCAGACUGUGUGAACAAGGCAAGAAGGGCGACCCAAACCCGUCCCCCCAGCCACACAUGCAUCAUCCCAAGAACCCUCUGCAUGUGUGCUUUUUCUACAUUCUCAUUGUGAGUCCAAUUAUCUUUCAUUUAAUUGUGUUGAUUGUCAAGGCUGAGGCUCACAAGCCUUUAUCCUCUGAACCUCCGUGGGAGGCCUGAUCCUUCCCUGGUCCUGGAGCUGAGGGCAAGGGCCAAGUGGGCUGCUGGGCAAAUGGCUAGUUUGCUUUCCCCAACGUUGGCUGUGGCUAGAGGCUUCCUCGCCUGAGGGGAGGUUGCUGGGACUCUGGCCUGAGUUUGGGCCUUGCAGGCACAGCAGAAGGUCCAUUGCGGCUCAGUGGCAGAGCACCUGCUUGGCAUGCAGAAGGUCCUUGGUUUGAUACCCACGGCAUCUCCAGGAAAGGCUAGGAAUGCCCCCUGUCUGAUACCCUGGUGAGGUGCUGCCAGUCAGUGUGGCCCAGGGGUAGAAGAAGCAGCUCGUGUUCAAGCUGGCAUCGCCUGUUCUGGCUGUUCCCUCCCUUGGGGGCCUCUUGGGCCAGCCCUUGGCCAGACCCCAGAGCUGACAAGUCUUGAAGCCUCCCCUCUGCUUACCUGGGCCUUGCAGUAGCCUGGCACCAUCCCUCCUCCUCUGUUCCCAGUGCCCCCAGCUCCCCAAGGGAACGGCUGGACGUCCUGCCCUCGUCCCCCAGUCAUCCGCUCCUGGCUCCGUGGGCCCAGCCCUUUGCUCAGCAGCACAUCCCUGGGACCAGGUGGAGCCUGCUCUCCAGAAAGCGGUUGCAGAGAGAAAGCCAAUUAGCUGAGAGGCUGAGAUUGGCCAACUGGCAACCCGCUGCCUCCACCUUUGAUCCUUGGGACCAGCGAUUGGCCUUCCUGGGGUGGGGGGAUGGUGCUCCUUUCCCCUCCACUUGCCUUUCUGCCUGAUUAUGUCAGGAGCCAAAUCUGCCUCUUUAACCCUCUUACCCGGCAGAAAUAGAGAGCUUAGCCGUUCCGUUGGGUUAGGUGAAUCUCAGGCUGUUGUUGCAAGAUGGAAGGGACAGGAGCCUUCUCACCUCAGGUCCCCCCAGGGAGCAAAGUAGCAGCCACAGAGGCUCCCUCACCAGGGCCUUGCCUGGCAAGGGAGCCUCUGUGAACCUGCUCCAAGGGCAGGGAGGGUGGCAGGCAGGCAGGCAGAGGACUCCACCAGCCUUCAGCCAUGCAGGACUACUGGCCUCUUUUGGCUGCCAGAGACUGGGCAGGGCUUCCAUCGGGGAACUAAAACUGAUCUGGCCAUAGUGGCGCACACUUUAGUUGCAUCCUGUGUGGAUUACUGUUAACAUACCCUGCGUGGGGCUGCCUUUGAAAAGUGCCCAGAAACUUCAACUGGUCCAAAAUGGUGAAGCUAGACCAUGGAUAGGCAAACUAAGGCCCAGGGGCCAGAUCUGGCCAAUCGCCUUCUAAAUCCGGCCCGCAGACGGUCUGGGAAUCAGCCGGUUUUACUUAGUAGAAUGUGUCCUUUUAUUUAAAAUGCAACUCUGGGUUAUUUGUGGGGCAUAGGAAUUCGUUCAUUUCCCCCCCCCCCAAAAAAAAUAUAGUCUGGUCCCCCACAAGGUCUGAGAGACAGUGGACCGGCCCCCCACUGAAAAGGUUUGCUGACCCCUGAUAGACUUUUGACUGGGGCAGGUUAUAGGAACCAUAUGACUCCCUUGUUGCGACAGCUCCACUGGUUACCAUUUUGUUUCCAGGCACAAUUCAAAGUGUUGCUUGUGACCAAUAAAGCCCUAUUUGAAAGACCAUAUUCUUCCAUACAAACCUGCCUGUGCUCCGAGGUCUUCAGCGAAGACCCUUCUCUCAGUCCUGCCAACCUCACAGGCAUGCUUUGUGGCAACACAGAGCCUUCAUGAUGGCUGCUCCCAUGAACUUCCUGGAGACGCUAGAAUGGCUCCCACCUUUUCCUUUGCCAGCAGGUGAAGACUGUUUUAUUCCGACAGGCCUUGGGGAACUGACUUGUUUUGUGGGGGUUUUGAAGGAAAGGUCUUUUAAUACCGUUGUUUAUUUUUACUGUUUUUAUUAAUAGUUUUUUUCUUUAUAUUGUUUUACUUCUAUUGGAGUUUAGUUGCUUUUUAAUGAUGAUCAUAGAAUUGUAGAAUUGGAAGGGACCAUGAGGAUUAUCUUGUCCAAACCCCUGCAAUGCUGGAGUAUGCAGCUGUCCCAUACAAGGAUCAAACCUGCAACCUUGGCAUUAUCCGCACCAAACUCUAACCAACUAAGCAAUCAGGGCGUAUAUAUUUUUAGCUUUCUGUAUUUUACCUGUGUUGUAUUAAUUUGUGCAAGUCACCUUGAAUCCUGGUUGGGGGCAAAUGCAGGAUAUAAAUAAAUAUAAUAAUUAAUGAUACGAACAACUCUAAAGCAACAAACAGGCUUGGGUCACCUUGAAGACAAACAGGUGAGAACCUGACAUUUGGGGAUUUGCCAGAUGUCUAAUCCCUGUGAAACAAGGUGGGGAGGCCACAAGAAUGACAAUUGCUCUACCAUCCUGCUUAUCCAGUCCUAGAGAAUGAUUUCCACACCCUAGCUGUUGCAAGGAAGUGUGGGUGGGUAUCUGACUCCCAGGGCCGUCUUUAGCAGAUGCGGCGCUGGGGUGCAAAUAUCCGACCAGCACCCCCCAAAUUACCAUGGAUAGUGUUGGGGUGGCCGUAGCUGCGCACUGCCAGCCAUCCGGAGGGGGGGGCACAACUCUCCCCCAUGCCACUGCAGGAGAGCGAUCCCCGCAGAGGCUUUGGAGGGAAGCUGCACGCCCAUAAGCUAUAUGGUUGGUGGGGCGCAGCUUCCAUCCUAAGCCUCUGCGGGGAUCGCUCUCCUCCUAAGGAGGCUUGGGAGGGAAGCUGCACGCCCGCCAGCCUUAUGGUUGGCGGGGCACAGCUGGUGGGCAUGCAGGGAAAGGGGAGGCUGCUGGCAAAGCCGCGCAGCUCCCCCACUUGCCGGGGCACCCCUGAGUGGCUGGCGCCCUGGCGCGACACACCACUAAGCCCUAUGGGAAAGAUCGCUCUGCGGACUCACUUCCUGUGCCCUUCCCAUCGAUGUGCUACGGAGAGGCCCCAGGUCCACUGAAAGGCUCAGCCUGCUUUCCUCUGGGAUCUGUCCUCACCCAGCCACUACCACACCCUCUGAUCUUUCCUUCCCCAUGAACUGCCUAAUCUCUGAGCUCUCUGCUAUGGCAUAAUAAUUCCCUCCACCUAACAAACACUGCCUCCCCUGUGACUUUAGGCACAUCCCACCUUACCCACACUCUGCCUCUUAUUCUUUCCAGGCCUGCUGUCCUGUGAAGAAAGCAGAUAGAUAUUUUCUCUCUGUCUCGUAAUACUAAGAGCUCACUGGGGCCAGUCCAAUGGAACUGGAUGGUGGGAGAUUCAGGAGAGACAAAGAGAAGCACUUCACACUGUGGAUAGUUUAAUGACGGUAUUUGCUACCACAAUAUGUAAUGAUGACCACCAAUGUGGAUAGCUUUAAAAUAAAAUUAUUGGAUAAAUUAAAGAAGGAAAAAGCUACCAAUGGCUACUAGCCACAAUAGUUGUGUUCUACCUGUACUCUCUUAUAUGCCUCUGAAUGCCAGUUCAUAGGAAUCACAAAUGCAGAGAGUGCUGCUAUUGCACUCUGGCCCUGCUUGUAGGCUUCCUAUAGGGACAUCUGGUUGAUCACUGUGAGAACAGGAUUCUAGACUAGAUGGACUUUCAGUCCACAUCCACAAGAGGUCCACCAUCUGUACUUUUCUGCUUUUCCUUUUGACCUCACUGUUUACAAUUCCACCCAUAUGCUUGCCCUUCCAGGAUAACUCAGGACAACACUGAUGACAUGACCUGUAGGCCCACAAAGGCUUACACUGGUUAAUUUUUAAGGUGGCACAAGACACUUUGCUUUUUCUUAACGUUGUGUUUGGAAGUGUGUGGCAGUUUAUCUCCAUGCCUGCUGCCCGCCAUAACUGGUGUAUAGAAAUACCUGUCCCUAACAUUUAGACUGAUGCAGGUUGUUCAGUUUCAGGGUUAAAUGCUGACUGUUUCUUUUGGGGGCCCCUGGACAAAAAUGUGAGCAGCAAUACAAAAAUCCAGGCUUUUAUCAUAGCUGGAACUGGGCAGCAAUGUUUGUGUCCCCUUCCCAGAAAAUGGAGGCUUGUCUGCUCUUUCAGUCUUGUUUCCAAUAAAUGGGGUGCUGUUUAUUCUAGCUUUAGUUUGUAAGCAUUUAAAAAUGACUGUCCAUUGGAUGAUUAGCAUACAGUUGGCUUCUGGAUUUGGGCUGCAAGGAGGAGGGUCAAUGAACUAGCUUGACCUAUCCUCCAAUCUCAGGGGAUAUCGGGGGUCGGGGGGUGGGGAAACAAGGUGCAAAGGGGGAAGCAGUUAGUAAUGCAGUGCUCAAAGAAAGCACGUGUUUAACUCAGAGAAGAUUUGCAAACAUGAUCCCAGGGGAGCCAGGGGUGAAGGCUUUCUCUCUAGCUCUGUUUUGCUAUCAAAAUCACUCUCACAGUUGCUUUUUCCUUGCAAGAUAAAAUAUAGGAAGUGGGAAGGAUUUUGUUGCAAAAAUGUGGGAACAGUGAUUCACCUCUUCCCUCAGGGCCAUUCCUGUGAUCAAUUCCACAGCUGCUAAAUCUGCAUUUUCUUUAAAUAAAACCUACCAAGAGACUGAAUAAUAAUAAUAAUAAUAAAAUGAAGAAAUAAUUCUGAGCUACAUUGCAGGGUUGUUGUUCAAUACCUGCAAUCUGCCUCCAUCUCUAAUGUACAGCAUACAUUGCAGUAGUCUACACUGCAGGAAUGUCAUUCUCAGCCACAGUUCCCCACACAAUAAAGAGACAAUGGGCUGCACUGACACGGUACUUUUUAGUGUUUGAAAAUCUUGUGAAAGCCACAUUUUUCCUAUGAGAACUCCAAAGGAGUAGAGCCCUUUGCUUUUGUUGCUCUCGUUCUGUUUUCUGUCCUCCGCCCACCACGCCUAUUUAUAACGGCUAGGUUUCUAUAGUGCUUUCUCUGAGCAGCUAUUGGGGUGGGGGCAAGAAGGUCAAAAGGAACCUGGAAGCUCCACCUGCAGAUGUUUGGCUCGCCAGUCUACAUUCCACUCUCUAUGGUAGCGCCGGGCAAUGACGCUCUAGGCUCUUGCGCUGAUCUCUAUAUUAGUGCCGCUUUCUCCUUUUCCCGCUGCUUCCGGAAGCGCGCCUUACCACGUGACGAGUGCGGAAGGCAGACGGAGCGAUGGCGGCUGAAGGGGAUGUCGAGCUGGAGUUAGAAGCGGAGCCCAAUGGCUCGGCAGGCAGCGGAGAGCGACCAGCCGAGAAGCCGCGGAAGCACGACAGCGGAGCGGCCGACCUCGAGCGCGUCACCGACUACGCGGAGGAAAAAGAGAUCCAGAGCUCCAACUUGGAAACGGUGAUGAGCGCAUGCGUUUGGCCGCGUUGGGGGGCUCUGGUUGUCAUGGUGACCGCGGGCGGGGCGGAGCCGGCUGGACUGGACCGCUGCCGAAGGGCCCCUUGGAGCCCCAGCGCCGUACGUGGGAACGGGGAACCCUGCACGUGUGGAGGCUGCCCGUGGCCCCUGCAAGCAUGGCUGGACCGCCCAUGGCAUCGCCUGCCCUGCCACCUUGCUGCUAUUUCUCUCUUACUGCCGGUUUGGGGACUUUUGCUUGCGGUGUCCUUUGUCUUUGGGGCCGGAACUAUUUGGCCUUCCCGAGGUGCUCUGGGUGGGAGCCCAUUGUUUCGCCUCCUCAGACAGCAAAACGCCUCGUGCCAGUCUUGUGCGGGCCUUUCCUUCCAUCGCAUCUGUAAGAGGGCAUGGCAGUUUUCUGGCAGGUUCAGAUCCACCCGAUGUCAUAUGGCAUCAGGUGAUUGACAGGUAGGCAGACCCUGGGGUGAGUGUGGCCAUUUUUUUAUUUGGCCCACCAGAGAAAAUUGUUUUUCCCUACUUCUGUUCUUAAGGGUUGCUUUCACUUUUGUGAGCCUGCCCAAGGUUUAAGACAAGAGACUCCCCGCCCCAGUAGUUCCGUUGGAUGUCCUUGCCAGCAGGUUUACAGUCUAAGAGGCACAUUGCAAACAGGAAUAAAAUUAAGCAAGAAGACAAGUAGGCACCAAUUCUACAUAGUAGUACUCAUAAUGAUCAGCUGGGAUGGAGAGAGAGAGGUAAAUGGCACUGGUCUCUUACCAGAGAGGAUGAAACGGCCUUACUUCCUGCAUCUGCCAUGUAGCAGCUGCCAUUCCAUCAGGCUGUUGCAAAGAGAAACAAGGAGAAACUCUGGUGCUUUCUGAUGGUGGCACCACAGCUGUGAAAUUCUCUACCUAGGGAGAUCCACACCCUUUCCCUUAACAUUCUCAAGGAUGGUCAUUUUAAUCUAGGACUUUUUUAUUUGAUCCCUGCUGUUUUGAAGUUUAUUUUGCUUGUUUCAGUGCCGAUGUUGUUUAUACUUCUCACACUAUUUUUAAUUGGUGUUUUGUUGUACUACUUGUUGUAAGCUGGUUUGAAAAAUAUUUUAAUAUAAAUGAUUAAAAAUAGCCCUCCUGUGCUUUAUUUGUGAAUCAGUACUUGUGACUGCCUUAUCACAGUACUUGUGAUGUGUAAAAGGAAUUGAUGCAUCAGCAAAUUAUUAUCUGAACCAUCUUUCCCUAACAUUCCUUGCAGUCAACAUUAAAAAAAUACAAUUCAGAUUUGCAUUGUAGAUUACCCACAUUGUCUAGGUGUGGAAAUUUCUUCCACAGGGAACUUUUGCAUAACUAUGAGACUUGUGUUUUUUCAGGUGCACAUUGAGCUUAGAAACUCCCUGCACCAAUUUCUCUUUACAUACCUCAACAGCAGCGGUUCAGUGAUCAGGAGCACAAGGUCUUUUCAGUGACAGGAAGCCUAAUUUUCAGGGUAGUUCACAGCCAGACUUCUACCCAAAAGUGUAUCAUUGUGAAUUGACAUGCACUGAAUCUCAUCAUCCAUUCUGUUGGCCAUCCACCCAAUUAGAAAAGAAUAGAUUGGAGUUUUCGUAGACUGCUUGAUUUUGACUACCUAGAAUUAUUUGGGCUCCAUCAUCUAGGGCUGGGAGAGAUCAGCUUUUCAAUAUCGCAAUGUAUCACCAACCAAACAUUGAUAUACUGCCAGGUGAAGGCGCCAUUGCACUCUGGCCCUCAAACCAGUCCUGGGCAAUGUAUUGAUACAUCAUCCAGGCCUACCAUCACCCCAGUUAAGUGUACUAAAUUAAGUAAACUGUACUUCAUUGCCAUUUGUCUACAUUUUUUGAAUUUCACUGCCAUCUGGUUGUUUUUUCUCUAUACUUGUGUUACAUAAAAGCUCAUAAAAGCUAAAGGGACCCCUGACCAUUAGGUCCAGUCAUGACCGACUCUGGGGUUGCGGCGCUCAUCUUGCUUUAUUGGCGGAGGGAGCCAGCGUACAGCUUCCGGGUCAUGUGGCCAGCAUGACUAAGCCACUUCUGGCGAACCAGAGCCGCACACAGAAACGCCGUUUACCUUCACGCCGGAGCAGUACCUAUUUAUCUACUUGCACUUUGAGGUGCUUUCGAACUGCUAGGUUGGCAGAAGCUGGGACCAAACAACGGGAGCUCACCCCGACGCGGGGAUUCGAACUGCCGACCUUGAUUGGCAAGUCCUAGGCUCUGUGGUUUAACCCACAGCGCCACUGUGAGAUAAUUUGGUUGCUCUUUAAGGUACAAGAUUUUGGUCUGGCUAUUAUUAUUAUUAAAGUCUGAGGGUGUGUGUUUAAUUUGCUUUCUCUUGUUUAGGCAAUGUCAGUGAUUGGAGAUCGAAGAUCCAGAGAGCAAAAAGCAAAGCAGGAGCGGUGAGUGCCCUGUUUUCAUCUCCUGCUAAGGGAGAGCAGCCUUGUUUGCUUCAACCAGAGCUGUAGCGGUGACACACAAUGUGUAAACAUAAUUCAGAGCCAGAUGUGCAUGCAUACUAUUAUCGCUAAUUUAUUAUCAACCCUUCACCUGAAGUUCCUAGGGUGGGUUACAGCAUUAAAACAUUAAAAACCAUGACCAAGCUUGGAGGUAGCAGUGUUUUUAUGAACAUCACACCACAGUGAAAUGGUGUCUACAUGCUAAACUGCUGUUUAAGGACACAUUUCCAUAUUCUAAAACUGUUUAGGUGUUAGGCUUGUUUUGCUGCACUUGACAUUAAUGGGGGGAGCUGUUUCACACCAGUGAAGCGGUGCUUGGUUGCAGAAAGCCAGAGCUGUGUUUUUUAUUAUGUGUAGUUCCUAUUCUGCCCUAUCAGAGCACUUGGAGUGGGGACGGGGUGGCAUUAUAUUACUAGAAAGUGGAGCAGGAUAAGAGUCCUAAUUCCUCUUUCUUUCCUUCCGUUUCAGGGAAAAAGAACUGGCCAAAGUCACAAUCAAGAAAGAAGAUUUGGAGUUGAUUGUGAGUCUAGCACAGUGUUGAUUGGACCGCUUGGGUGAUGGCUCAGCAUCGACAGAGGCUGCUUUCUGAUGUCACUACAGGCCAUUUUAGUUGUUGCCUCUUGGUAAAGAAUCUUCUUCUUUUCCUUACAGAUGAACGAGAUGGAAAUAUCCAGGGCAGCAGCAGAACGCAGCUUACGAGAACACAUGGGGAACGUGGUGGAAGCACUGAUUACCCUCACCAACUGAGAGCCACCUGCUAGAUGGACUUUUGGGGAGCAAGGGAAGGAGAUAGCCUCUCUUUGGCCUGUUCUGCACUUGUUCUUUGCAUAUGAUAUUUUAAAGCUGCUGGAAUAAAUAGUCCAAUUUUUUUGAA